AUGCAGCGCGGGUUCACACCGUCAGAGGUCCGAACUGGUAGCUUCUUCAACACUAUGGAGGGUCGCUUAUUGGAUGCGUGGAGUGACGAGCCGGCUGAUGUGAAAACAUUAACGGAGUUCUCCACCAGAGCCUCAUUAAACAAGGAGAUCGAACAACUGAAGGGUUCAAUCGACAACACGCCUGCUACCAACAAUACUCGUCGCAGAAGAUCAACGGCUGUUAGCGCACCGACGGCCAGAAGAGCGUCUCAACAGUCGCCAGAAUAUAAGAAUCUUAUGAGGAAAAAUGAGGAGUUGAAGGCAUUGAAGGCGUCGUUGGAGGAAGAGAACAGACACUUGCGAGAGGUAUCAUUGGCCUCUUUCGGGCAAUUGGUGAACUCCCUCUUCGGUGGUCCAGCACAAGCCAUGGCUUAUUUCGAUCCUCGCAGACGAGGAUAUGUAAAGUAUUCUGAUUUCGCACGCCUGUUGGCGGCUGCGACGAAGCGAGACUGGAUAAUGACUCCCAGGGGACGAGGGCAUGCCGCCCUUGAUACUCUAUUUGGCUGUGAUGACGAGGCGCUUUUCGCCAAUCUUGACCAAGGGGACAAGGGCCUCCUGAUAGUGCAGGACUUCGCCUACGCCAUUACGUGUGCUCGUGCCUGGGCUUAUGGUAUGGCGAUUCCUCCCGCGCCGAAGGUUCGGGCUGCUCAGUAG